UCCGGGCAAGAUGGCGGGAGGUGAAGCUGCCGUGACUUUGGGCCAGCCGCAUCUUUCUCGCCAGGAUCUUGCCACCUUGGAUGUAACCAGGUUGACUCCACUUUCACACGAAGUUAUCAGUAGGCAAGCCACAAUUAAUAUAGGAACAAUUGGUCAUGUUGCCCAUGGAAAAUCUACUGUGGUAAAAGCUAUUUCUGGAGUUCACACUGUCAGAUUCAAAAAUGAACUAGAAAGAAAUAUUACAAUCAAGCUUGGAUAUGCAAAUGCUAAGAUUUACAAACUUGAUGAUGCAAGUUGUCCUCGGCCAGAAUGCUACAGAUCCUGUGGAAGUAGUACACCUGAUGAGUUUCCCACAGACAUUCCAGGAACCAAAGGGAACUUCAAACUAGUCAGACAUGUUUCCUUUGUUGACUGCCCUGGCCAUGAUAUUUUGAUGGCUACUAUGCUGAAUGGUGCAGCAGUGAUGGAUGCAGCUCUUCUAUUAAUAGCUGGUAAUGAAUCCUGUCCUCAACCUCAGACUUCUGAACACCUGGCUGCCAUUGAAAUUAUGAAGCUAAAACAUAUUUUGAUUCUACAAAAUAAAAUUGAUUUGGUUAAAGAAAGUCAGGCUAAGGAACAGUGUGAACAGAUCCUUGCAUUUGUACAAGGUACAGUAGCAGAAGGAGCACCUAUUAUUCCAAUUUCUGCUCAGCUGAAAUACAAUAUUGAAGUUGUCUGUGAGUAUAUUGUAAAGAAAAUUCCAGUACCUCUAAGAGACUUUACUUCAGACCCACGACUUAUUGUUAUUAGGUCCUUUGAUGUCAACAAACCUGGCUGUGAGGUUGAUGACCUUAAAGGUGGUGUGGCUGGUGGUAGUAUUUUAAAAGGUGUAUUAAAGGUGGGCCAGGAGAUAGAAGUCAGACCUGGUAUUGUUUCCAAAGAUAGUGAAGGAAAACUAAUGUGUAAACCAAUCUUUUCCAAAAUUGUGUCACUUUUUGCGGAACACAAUGACCUUCAGUACGCUGCUCCUGGGGGUCUUAUUGGAGUUGGAACCAAAAUUGACCCCACUUUGUGCCGGGCUGAUCGAAUGGUGGGGCAGGUGCUUGGUGCAGUUGGAGCUUUACCAGAGAUCUUUACAGAAUUGGAAAUUUCCUAUUUCCUACUCAGACGGCUUCUUGGCGUACGCACAGAAGGAGACAAAAAAGCAGCAAAAGUGCAAAAGCUAUCUAAGAACGAAGUGCUUAUGGUGAACAUAGGAUCCCUUUCAACAGGAGGAAGAGUUAGUGCAGUCAAGGCUGAUUUGGGUAAAAUAGUUCUCACUAAUCCUGUGUGCACAGAAGUAGGAGAAAAGAUUGCCCUUAGCCGAAGAGUUGAGAAACACUGGCGUUUAAUUGGUUGGGGUCAAAUAAGAAGAGGAGUAACCAUCAAGCCAACAGUAGAUGAUGACUGAAGAUUGUCAGUUAAAUAAUACAUUUGGAAGAAUUUUCCUUAACAACCUAGGAGUAUAAUUUCAAAGCAAUACUGGGGAAUUACUUUAGUAAAAGCUGUAAGGUUAUUUUCAACUUCCUGUUCUGAACAUAGCCUCAACUAGUUAAAUAAUAGGAUAUACAGUAAAUGUCGGAAUUGGCAUAUUGGUAAGAUUUAAUCCACAUUUUAGCAGAAUUGAUUAUUGCUAAGUAGUCAAAUCUUGCAUCUGUUGAAAUAAAAUUGCUAUUAAAGCCAGCUUUUGCUAUAGCAUACAUACCACUGAACCUGUUUGUAAUAUAAUUUUUCUCUUAUUUUUUCAUGAUUCAUCUUUGAAUUUGUCUGAGCCUGAAUGGCUGUUGCCCCAGUCAAAACUGGAAGACACAAAAUGUCCUUGAAACUAGGUCCCUUUUUUUUUUUCCAUACUUCUUAUUGCCUUCACUUUAAAAUUUAGAAUAAAAAUCAGUAAGUUUAGAGUAAAUUGUCCCUUUAGAGUGUAAGUACUUAUUUACAUAGACAAACCUUUUCUUCCUUUUACUCUGUUCCUAGACGGGAACACAGGAAGCUUAAACCAGUUUUACCUAACCCUUGCACUGUGAUAUGCUGUUCUCACUUGUUAAUCCUGAAAGUCUUUCCAAAUUGAAAAGACACUUUUAUGAAAUAAUCUUAGAUAAGUAACAGAGAACCUUUUGUUUCUUAUUUUAUAUUUUAUCCUAAUGUUCAGUUGAUAUGGUUAGAAAAAUGCAUUCUCAUAUUAGUAAUUAUUUUCUAACAAGUAGCAAGAAUUUUUUAUUCUUAAAAUAUUCACUUGAAGUUACUGAUAGUUAUCAAAAUGGGUAUGUUAUUUUAAUCCACAUUUGAAAAAAAAAAAGAGCAAGAUACUGAUAAAAUAAGCAAUUUGCCAAAGGAAGUAUUUAGUGAUUUAUUUUUCUUGGCUCACAUACACUGAAUUGUUCACUAGUCUGUCAUGUUUAAAAACUGAAAAUUUGAGAUAUUAUAGAUUGAGAGUCUUAAAUGUUUUGCAAUAUUGAUUAUAUUUUUUAAAAAAUGUAAAUGCAGUAUUAACAUUUACUCUAUUGGGACAUAGUCCUACCAUAAAUUUUGUGUUAAGAAUUCCCAUAAUCUAACCUAUGACUGCAAAAAAACCCACCUUGACUAUUACACAUUUAUUGAGUAGUUUGGUUGUGCUUUGCAGUGUUCUGUUAAUUUAUAGAUAGUAAUUUGUCACAAAAUCUCAUUAAGGAAACUAUUGUCAUCGCUUUUUACCAUUGAAGGAGCUGAGGCACAAGGAAGAUAAGUUUGUUCAAGUCUGACAGCUAAUAAGUAACAGAAUUGGAAUUAACCGUGAACUCACAUGCCUUUCUUGGACUAUAUAUUUUCCAGUUAUUGGAUGACAUGAUUUUAUAUUUGCUAGUGAGAUAAAGCUUCAUAAUGUGUCAUUCAAAAGCUUUUUGUUUUUUCACUUUUUUCCUGUACUUGUAUUACUUGUUCUUUUACUAUAUUUUACCUUCUUGUUAUGUUAAUACUUAUUUUAUUACUGUAAGAAUUUCCCUCUGUGAUGGAGGAUACCUCAGUUUCCCUUUAUGGUUAACAGUCUUUGCCUUACACAUUUGAGAGUAAAUACAGGCAAAAUGGACAAAGUGCAUCUUUCAGUUUAAUGAAAUAAAUAUCUAUAAUACUGUU